AUGUCGGACGAGCUCCGCGACGAGGUCGAGGCCAUCAACUCCAUCUACGGCGACAACACUCUCGCGGCCGGCGCCCCGGGCUCCGGCUCCUACGUGCUGCAGCUGCCCGGCGCCGCGGCCUCCCUGCGGCUGCAGUUCCCCGCCGGGUACCCGGAUACGGGCGGCCCGCCGCGCGUGCUCGGCAUGCAGCACAGCGCGGGCGCACGGGACGUUGCGCGGCUCCUAACGGCGGCGCUCGACGACGUGUACCAGCCAGGCGGGGUGUGUCUGUUUGACGCGGUGGAGGAAGUUUUGCGGCAGCGUGUCGACGAGGAGGUGGAGGUGGUAGACGAUGACGCACAGGACCUCGCCGCGCUGCCGCCGCCGCCGUGGACGCUCUCGGAACAGGUCGUCGACACGCGGUCGACGUUUGUCGCGCACGUGGCGCGCGUGACCUCGCCGGCGCAGGCGCGCCUGUACGUGGCGCAGCUGCUGGCGAGCGACCGGCGCAUCCGCGACGCGACGCACAACAUGACGGCGUGGCGCGUGCGCGGCGCUGGCGUGAGCUACCAGGACUGCGACGAUGACGGGGAGGAUGCGGCCGGCGGGCGGCUGCUGCACCUGAUGCAGCUGAUGGAGCUGUGGGAUGUCAUGGUCGUGGUCACGCGCUGGUAUGGCGGCGUCAAGCUCGGGCCGAGGCGCUUCGCUGUCAUUAAUGCCGUGGCGCGCGAUGCGUUUGUGAGGGCCGGGUUGGUGCCGGAGAGCGGUGGGGGCAAGGGGAGGAAGAAGUAA